UAUCUGUUAAUACAUCUCUUAACUUAAUACAUAAAACUUGCCUUUGUAGCCAAGCUACAGACUCGCAAUUAAAAAUGAGAAGAUGAUAGAGAAUCUUGUGAAAAAUCUGAACAGUGACAAUGAAGAGCUUCAAAUGCAUUGUGCCAGUGCUAUUUUUAAGUGUGCUGAAGACCAGGAAACACGUGAGCUCGUUAGGCAGCAUGGAGGCCUCAAACCUCUUGCUACAUUGCUUGGUAAUUCUGGAAACAAAGAACUUCUGGCAGCAGUGACCGGAGCAAUCUGGAAAUGUGCAAUCAGCAAAGAAAACGUGACAAAAUUCCGGGAGUACAAAGCUAUAGAAACUUUGGUUGGCCUACUAACAGAUCAGCCAGAAGAAGUCCUUGUGAAUGUUGUUGGAGCACUAGGUGAAUGUUGCCAAGAACAAGCAAAUCGGAGCAUUAUCCGCAGAUGUGGUGGAAUCCCAUCCCUUGUCGCUUUACUCACUGGAACCAAUCAGGCUCUCCUCGUAAAUGUCAACAAAGCAGUGGGAUCCUGUGCAACAGAACCUGAAAAUAUGAUGUGCUAUGUAUUAGAAGAUUUGGUUUAUGAUCAAGAAAAUGAAUUUCUGAGGAAGAAAAACCAGAAGAUUCUACCCCUUGUUUCAGUGCCUUAAAAGGUGUCCCAUUUUUAACGUAAACAGGAAGAAAAGUUGCUCAGCCCCAGUAUUAACUAUGAUGCAUUAGAAAACGUUAAGGAUUUUCAAAAGGUGU